GACGUAAUCCAAACAGGAAGUAAACAUCCAGCUGUUAGCCGAGCAGACCGCUCCGAUCAGUCACCAAAUAGCAAUGAACUAAUCGUGGAAUCUGGGAGUAAAAGCCAGAUUUAUUAUGGUGUGUCCGGAGUAGUGACUGAGGUGACCGACAGCAAGGAGUAGACUAGUUUCAUACUUUGCUGUGGUUGCAGUGUUAAAACAAGGUGUGAAUGAGUGACGUGGUGUCCCCCGCAGCUCUCAGUGAAGUCCAACUCCGCUUCCUCUGUCAUGAUGACAUAGACAGCGUCAAGCUGCUCUGUGGGGAUUGGUUUCCAAUCGAGUACCCAGACUCAUGGUAUCAGGACAUCACAUCCAACAAAAAGUUCUUCUCCCUGGCAGCCACCUUCAGAGGAGGCAUUGUGGGAAUGAUUGUGGCUGAGAUCAAAGGCCGGACCAAAGUACACAAAGAGGAUGGAGACAUCUUGGCCUCCAGUUUCCCUGUGGACACACAGGUAGCCUAUAUUCUGAGCCUGGGAGUGGUCAAAGAGUUUAGAAAACAAGGCAUAGGCUCCCUGCUGCUGGACAGUCUGAAGGAGCACAUCUCGACCACAGCGCAGGACCACUGUAAGGCCAUUUAUCUGCACGUCCUCACCACCAACAACACUGCCAUCCACUUCUAUGAGAACAGGGACUUCAGGCAGCACCACUACCUGCCCUACUACUACUCCAUACGAGGGGUCCUCAAAGACGGAUUCACUUAUGUUCUAUACAUUAACGGAGGACAUCCACCAUGGACAAUCUUUGAUUAUAUCCAGCACAUCGGGGCCACUCUGGCCAGCCUCAGCCCCUGCUCCCUGCCACAGAGGCUGUACCGACAGGCCCAGUCCCUGCUGCGCUCCCUGCUGCCCUGGUCCAAUCUUGCCUCGAAGACAGGCAUACAGUACAGCCGAACAAUGUGACAAAGAGGACUCUUGUGUUUCCAGUCCCAUGAGUCUUCCCCUGUGCACACAGAUGUACACAUUCUCAGUCAAGUACCAUCACUGUGUGUGUCACUGGUUCUACCUGUGGCACUUAGCUGUCUUCAGCCCUUAACCACUCUUCACAAAUAUCAGGUUUACCGCCUCAGCUCUGUGCCAGUGCCAUACAGGUUUACAAAAUUAAAAAAUUUCAAUCAGAUUUAAACAAAUGUUUUUCAUAUUUUAAUUUUAAGUUCGAACUAAUAACAACACAAGCACUUAGCAGCGAUGCUUACGGAGAUGCUUUUUGAUCAACAAAAACAACUUUCUUUUAAAUGUUUAUAGUUAAGUAAUUUAUAGAAGGUAAAAAAUGUUUCAAUGGUAGUCAUCUGGACACUGAAUCUCUGAAGCCUUUUCUACCUUGGACCACUCCUGGACAAAUGAGGUAUUACACUGACUUGAUUAAUACAAGGUUUAUCUUAUGCUGACCUACUGUUUUAACCUUCAGCACUGGCACGGAGUAGUUGGUAAACCUGCUUCUACUGCUGACCUUGUACUUAACAGUAACCACAAACGCACUUAGGUGUUUUGGUGUAAAUGACUCUGCACUCUGUGUCAUUGAGAAGUCCAUUUUUUGUUUGCCCUCUUUACCACUGUCCCACAGACUGUAUGUAUACUGUUUGUAUAUUAUAUAUACUCAUUGCUAAUAUAUGAAUCUUAAUGUAUUUUUCUUCGAUGCUGUUGUUAUGCUUAGUAAGAUUUUAGCUAUCCACUUCCAUUUACCCUUUUUCAUACAGACUGAAAUUUUAAAAUGUUCUUUAUUUGCAAUUACUGAUUUUAAUCAUUUUGGGUUUUUUUAGGUGGACAUGUAAAAUCAAUUCUGUGAUCACAAAAACAUAUUAGAAAAUGUAUGUAUGUUUUAGUUUACAACAAUAAGUUAUUUAGUUAUGGCUGUUGAUGGCAGACAUGCCCAGAAACAUUAAAGGUAGUAUGGCAAUCAACUAAAAGUUUGCUCCAGGCCCCAUGAAAGUUAACUCUCCAAAGCUUUCUUUAAUAUAAUAUUUGGUAUAAACAGCAUGCCUAUCCUGCAAAAUGUACAGUAUGUAAAGAACCUAUAUUUCUUUGUUAAAUUUACAUGCAAUCCACUUCUGACCCUAUCCAAAUGUCUAGUAGGUUUUUAAACUCAACUGCAGCGAAUGUCUCUACUUUUGAAUGUAAAAACUGCUGCUUUUGAUGACAAAUCCUCAUUGAUUUAAAAAAACAAAACGAAGAACUAUUGUCUCUCUCAGAUGAUAAAAUAAUAAUAAAUGAACAGAGAUUUGUGCUAAGUAGUAUGUUGAACAACACAAAAUAUACAAUAUGCCGCACUUGAUGAUGUUAUACUUUUUCAUAAUUAGUAGUUUUAAACAACAUUUAUUGUUGAAAGUCUUCAAAAGUAUAUUUCAUUGAAUGCAAUAAAUGGUUUUGGAUAUGGACUGUUGACUAUAGAAUGAAUGCCUGGUGGCGUAACUAAAUUGUUAUUAGCCCUGUUUUCAUCUACAGUAUAAUUCAUGCAUAUAAAUGUUUUAUUUCUCUACAAC